AUGCAAAAGUACAUUAAAACAUUGCAACCUCUGUUAAGCGAAGACGAACAUGAAAAAAUUAAGAAAAUCGUGGAAAAAUUUGCCGGCGAAGGUGGACUUGGACGGAAAUUGCAGCUCUAUUUGUUGGCAAGACGAGAAAAACUGGACAAUUGGGCCUACGAAUACUGGCUAAAAGACUUGUACCUAAACUACAGAGAACCCAUUGUAAUCAACUCGAAUCCCGGCAUGGUAUUUCCUCCAAGGAAAUUCACGACUAUUCUAGACGUUGCCAGAUUCACAGCAAGACUCAUCGACGCAGCUUUAAGUCACAAAGACAUACUCAAUAGAAAAGCCUUACCAAUAGAAAGGGCGACGUCGCGCGAACCCGGACAACCUUUAUGUAUGGCCCAGUAUUACAGGAUUUUGGGUUGUUGCAGGUUGCCUGGUAAAGUAACGGAUUCUCAGUACGUAGCCGAAUUGCCCAAUGACAACGAACAAGCGAGCGAACAUGUGGUAAUUGUGUGCAGAAAUCAACAAUAUUGUGUUCCUAUCCAGGCAGGCGAUAGAGGUCGAUUGAAUGAAGAUGAAAUUUGCGCUCAGCUUUUAUAUAUUCUAGACGAUGCUCCAUGUCAAUCCAAUAUUACUCCUGUUGGAAUACUAACUGGAUGGAAAAGGGCUUUGUGGGCUGAAGCUCGUGAAGACCUAAUGCGAGACGAGAAAAAUCGAAGAAAUCUAGAACUAAUAGAAAAAUCUCUAUUGAUUGUUUGCUUAGAUGAGGCCCUUCCGGCUUCAUUUAAUUGUAGAUUGCAAAAAGGAGGAAAGGGAUUUAUGGCAGGAAACAGAGACGAAAGCAACCUAGCUCACCAAAUGAUCCACGGAGGUGGAUUUCAAUUUAAUUCAGCAAAUAGAUGGUUUGAUAAAACAGUCCAACUGAUAAUCUCUGGAGAUGGCGCUUGUGGUUUGUGUUACGAACAUUCAAUGGCUGAAGGGGUUGCUGUAAUUCAAUUAAUCGAAAACUUAUGGAAGCAAGCUGAGUUACUACCAACAGCUUCAGAAGUGCCAUCAAACGUAGGAAGUCACUUACCACCACCAGAAAAACUUGAAUGGUUUUUGGAAGCCACGGAUUUGAAAAGGAUAGAAGAUGCUAGCCAAGUUGUCGAUAAUUUAGUUAAAGAUCUUGAUUUCCAAGUAUUCAGAUUCACCGGAUACGGUAAAGACUUUAUGAAAUCUUGUAAAGUUAGUCCAGACGUUUUUGUCCAGCUAGCGCUUCAAUUGGCCUAUUAUAAGCUCUACGGCAAAUUAACAGCUACAUAUGAGAGUGCUAGCACUAGAAGGUUUCUACUUGGUAGAGUUGACUGUAUUAGGUCAGCUACACCAGAAGCGCUCGAGUGGGUUAUGGCCAUGUCACAACCUAAAGAAGAAACAGAUUAUGAUAUAGGAAACAAAAAGGUUACAUUUCAUCUGGUAAGUGACGACAGAAAAUACGAACUAUGGUGUGAAGCGGUUAAAGUGCAAACCAAGGAAAUGGUGGACAAUAUUCUGGGUCAUGGAAUUGAUAUUCAUUUAUUGGGUCUUAGAGAAGCAGCUAAAGAUACUUGUCCUACAGCUGCUACGCCACUGCCAGAAUUGUUUACUGAUCCUUCUUAUAGGCUAGCAAAUAAAUUCCUACUUUCAACCAGUCAAGUAAGUACCAGCACGAACUCCUUUAUGGGUUAUGGGCCUGUGGAGCCCGAUGGAUACGGGGCAUCUUACAACAUCAAAACCGAUCACAUAAUUUUUUGUUUGUCCGCUUUUUGGUCGUCCGAGGUGACCAGCACCAGCAGAUUUGCACAAUCGCUCGAGGAAAGUUUGAACGCGAUGCAGGUAUUGUUAAAUAGGCCUAAUGGAACCUGA